AUGGAUCCUGUGACCGCGCUCGGACUCGCCUGCAAUGUCGUCACCCUCGUCGAACACGGUAUUGAAGCUGCGGCUGUGUGCAAAGAACUCUACGAACGAGGGUCGCUGGAUGAGAACAACAUCAUUGAGAGAUACGCCGAUAGCCUUACAGCAGCGAACAAUGAUCUACAGGCCGUCCUCAAACCACCCGCAACGACUCGUGCAAAUAGACUGCGGAAGAUUGCGGAAGAUGCGUCCAAGGCAGCCGCUGAGCUCAAAACGGAGCUCAACAAGCUCAAGCUGUCGAAGAGGGACCAUCGACAAGCUACUAAUACCUUGGAAAAGCAAGAGGCUGCGUUGCAGUCUGGCCUUCUAAAAGAACUCUACAUCAAAGCAGGCCAGGACGACCUAGCCCGGCGGAAAGAGUUCAAGGCUCUGGAUCAAGCUCAGAGAGAUACGAUUGUCCAUGUCUUGGCCCGUCUUCAGCUUGCAUCAUCUGAUAUCGAGACAUCCAUCAAAGCCACAGGGGCCUCCAUAACUGAACGCCUUGAUCACCACCAUUGCGCGCAGACCAGCUACCUUCAGGAUCAACAACGAGAUGCCCUCAGAGUGCGCCUCCUCGAUGCUUUGGCUUUUCCAGAGAUGAAUGAACGUCGUAACAUGAUUGAACAACGCGUCUCCGAUUUUGGAAGCACUUAUGGCUGGGUGUUUGGGCAUUCCGACGAUGCACCUGACGAGGACCAUUUUUUUGAUUCUAAUUCACAUGUUAAUGCAUUUGUCCAGUGGCUUCGAAGUGGCCAGGGGCUUUUCUGGGUCAGCGGGGAACCAGGGAGUGGCAAGUCGAGCCUCAUGGACUACAUCUACCAAAAUCUACAUACACAAAGUCCGGGUUUGACCAUGUUGACGGAAUGGGCACGGCCGCAGCCAGUACGAGUUCUCUCUUUCUGGUUCUUCAGACCAGCCACGGGCGCUUUGCUGAAGUCCCUACAAGGAUUGUGGAGAUCCUUGUGUUUUCAGAUAUUGAACCAAAACGAAAAGCUGGUGGAGGAGAUCCGGAACGAUGAUGAUGGCUCGGCUCCCAACAGUCUCAAAUCUUGCCUUACGAGGUUCGGAUCUCGCGCUCAAACUUGGACGGACACUGAUCUGAGAUCCUGA